AGACUAUUGGAUAGCAACGACGUGGGCGGGUUUGUGAUUUACGUCUGCACUGUUGACUACACAAACGAAGAUUAUCUUGUUUAUGUCGGUGCAUUUAGAUAAUAGGAGUGAUUUUAGACGAAUGAUUCGCCCUAUAGAUUACAGUUAAACCAAGUUUAAGUAGCAAAUAACUGGAAAGAUGUUUUCAAGUAGGUCAUAGCAAAAAGAUAGUCGCCGUGAAUAGGAAUAUCGUGCACAUCGUGAACUAAAAAUGUCACUGAUUGACAAGGCGAUGAAUGAUAGAGCUCACAAAAUAAAAACUUAGCAAAUCAGGUAAAGUGAUGGGAGCCGACAUUAGUAAAAACAACAAGGAGCAGCCUCCGUCCGAGGAGGGGCGCUGUGCCUCAGGGUGGAGGGGCUUCCUGUCCAGUGUGGGAAUCUCCGUGUCAUCGGGGCUCUGUCGCCUGGGCGCGCGACGCAUGAUCCGGGAAAAGGGUGCGCCUCUCCCGGAUGAUCACGUGUUCCAGUCCAUCCCUGGCCCAGAGAGGCUCCGGAUGGAGUGGUCACUACCUGGGUUCAUCUCCAUGUUCCUGCCUGAGUUUCCACACCGCAACGUCCCAGGACACGAGCAUUUCCAGGUUCUGGGCUGCAUAGCCAAAGGCUCCUUUGGCCCUAUACUGAAAGUGAAGGACAGGUCUAAGCAGAAGACUUAUGCGGUGAAGGUUAUUCCCAAAUCUGAAGUUUUAAGACAAGGGGUGCUAGAGCAGUCGAAAGAGGAGGUCAUCAUUCAGCGGCAAGUGCGGCACCCUUUUGUGCAUGACCUGCAGGACUGCUGGCAGACACAGCGCCACCUCUACAUUAUGUGUGACUACUGCAGCUCAGGAGACCUGUACACCUACUGGAUGCUGAUUGGACAGUUUGACGAAGAUGCGAUCAGGGUGUUUGCAGCAGAACUGGGCUGCGCUCUCGGCUUCCUACAUGACUUUGGAAUCAUUCACCGGGACAUCAAGAUGGAGAACAUCCUCUUGACUGAUCAAGGACACCUUCGAUUGGCUGACUUUGGACUGUCCCGUCGGCUGGAGCAAGGAGGAAGGGCUUUCACUAUCUGUGGAACAAUCCAGUACAUGGCCCCUGAAGUCCUGGGUGGGGGUCCCUACAGCCAUGCAGCUGAUUGGUGGUCCCUGGGCAUUCUGCUCUUUUCAUUGGCUACAGGAGAGUUCCCUGUUCCCCCGGAGCGCGACCACUGCAGCAUGCUGAGGAGGGUCCGCAGCUUCUCCUACGAGAUGCCCCGGACCUUCAGCCCCCCGCUGGCCCUGCUGCUGACUGAGCUCCUUUGCAAGACCCCGACGCGGCGCCUGCGAACCCUCGAGCGCUUCAAGAGGCAGACGUUUUUUCGGGGCACCCCUUUCGACUCCCACCUGCUGCAGAAGACGCCCAUGGAGCUGAUCCUGGAGCUGAAGGAGCACCCCGACCGGCCGGUCAAAGCGCAGCGGGGCAUGGAACAGGACGCCUUCCAGAACUUCGACUGUGACCUCCUGGACUCCCCCGUCAGCACCACAGACCUGUCCCCCGCCCUGGUGAACUUUGACCUGAGCCGAGCCCCCGCCCUGGCCACCGCCACAGAUGCGGCCUUUGUGUAACGAGCGACUGGCGGUGAGUGAGUCAGCAGGCCCAGCCAAAAUUACAGCUGUGUGCUUUCAGGAGGAGGAGUGAAAAUGCAGAGGUUCUGAGUGGAGAACAUUUUUCACUCUUUAUUAUUAUUGUUUAUAAGUUACUAGAUUAGUCUCAAUGAGUUUGAAAAUCUCUUAUAAGAGAAACCUAGCUGAAAUAAAAGCACAGUUACAGUGACCAACAUUAAGCAUAAACAUGGUAUGAUUAGUAGAAAGCACGAGUUGAGGUUCCAUAUAA